CCUGUAGAGACCUCGGUUGAGCUCCGUCAUCAUCUUUCAAGUCAUUCAUUUUAAAGUAAGCAGAGCGGGACACAUACAUUCACAAUGCUGUUGGCACGUAUUUUAUUUUUGAUUGUAUCUUCCAUGAGGAUUGUCUCAGGGUCAGAUUGGUGCUACCAAUCCCAAGUCACAUGCAACCACACCUGCGCAGGUCCAGAGGAAUGGGGAGUGGUUUCCCAGCACUGCAACGGCAGAUCUCAGUCUCCAGUUAACAUUGUUACAAGCAGAAUGCUGCUAGAUGAACGUCUCGCUCCUUUUCACUUCAUUGGCUAUGAAGAAGCUUUUCAUGGUCGCCUCAUAAACACGGGUCACAGUGUUCAACUGGAUUUACCUUCUAGUAUAAGGAUUAAAGGAGGAAACAUGGCUGCAGAAUAUAAAGCAGUUCAACUGCACCUGCAUUGGGGCAAAGACGGAGGACCAGGGUCCGAACAUACGGUUGAUGGAGAAAAAUUUCCAAUGGAGAUGCAUAUAGUCCACAUAAAAGAAGAAUACAAAAAUCUGUCCCAGGCUUCAGGGGACCACACAGACAUGGCUGUUCUUGGCUUUUUCUUUCAGGAGUCCAAGUCUGCAAAUAAGAAACUUGAUCCCCUUCUUAAUGCCCUCAAAUACAUCACACAACCUACCAAAAGUACGACGCUAAAGGGAGUGUCGCUGGAAAUGUUCAUGCCUCCUCUGAGGAACAUGACCAAGUACUUUCGCUACGAUGGCUCCCUCACCACACCCGACUGCGCUGAAGCUGUCACCUGGAGCUUGUUUGAAAACACAGUUCCAAUAAGCAUGAAGCAGCUCGCUCUAUUCGCCCAGCUUCAGUUUUCAAACGGAAAGCAGAUGGUUCAAACCUACAGACCCGUGCAGCCCUUGAAUGGACGUCAGGUGUUCUACUCCGGAGGCCGUCGCGCCGGGCUUAACAAUGUGUUACUCAUCACGUCAGUGCUGGUAUCCACUACACUCUCUUGUCUCCCUCUGUUUACUUUACUACACCUUGAUAAAUGAACAACUGAAUCCAUUGAUGUUUGUCAAAUUAUUGACAUUUUAUGUAGUGUAUGAUUAGAAAAUAGAAACUAAUCUAACUGUAUGUAAUGCGUGUGAUUUUCAUAUGUCAAAGCAUGCUUAAUUUGCAUUAUUUGCUUAAUUUCGCAUUCAUUUUAUGUUCAAGAUGUAGACUUAGCACCUGGACACCUAAUUACGUAUCUAUAUUUUAUUUCUAUUUUUUAAACUUUCUAUAAAGCUUUCUUUCUUGCAUAUAUUUAUAAUAUAAAAGUGUUUUCUUUAUAAAUUAACUGUCCUUUCUUGCAGUCUUUUCUCACCAGUUAAUAGUCUAAAUGAUGCUGUGUGUGUUAAGAAAGCUCAGAUUAUGUUACACACUGUUUUGUCUCAGUUGUUAUAUUAUACAAUUAAUCAAUAAACAAUGAAAACAUUA